GGUCGCAAACACAAUAGUCAAUACACCAAAUCUUUUAGCACCCAUAUUUCACCUACCUUAAGCUUGGCUCUUUUACGGCACUUCAAACUCCCUCGUACUGUAUUCAUAUAUUCAUACCCGGAUAUCUACCUAGGUAGCCAUUACCAUGUCGGAUGGAAGCACCACAUUGAGAACCAUACUUACCCAAAAAAAACCUCCCAUAACAUGUAACUUGAACGUCGCGGCCAAUACUAAAUCUCAAUAUUGGCCGGAUAUUCAAGCUAGCCUCUGGCAUGGAUUCGAUUUGAACAGUUUAAAUAACAAAUACGCUGAUAUGCUCGAUGAACCUGUCCAAGAGGAGACGGUCGCGACGAGUCCACGAGCCAGCCAGAUGCUUACUGGUCUCAUUAUCGAUCAAACCAAGGAUGUCAGGUAUCUCCUUGGGUGGAAUAAAGCAUUGAUGGGUUUUGCUGUCAAUCUUGUCAAAUCCAAGUUUUCACAUGCCGAUGGGUUCACCAUUAUCCACGUGUGCACGGACGCCAACGAAGCGGCGGCCCUCCGCGUGGGAGAGAGAUUCCACGUUGAUCACCUCAUUGCGCUUGAUAAGAUACCGAGCCAGGCUCUCGUGGUUGGCCUUGGGAAAUCGAGUGCAAUAAUCUCUUUGAAGAAAUUCGUAUGUAACGGUCAGCUUGUGCUGAGUAAUAAACGGCAUUAUUGGGUGCUGAGACAGCUCGCGAACGUGUGCAAGGCUGCCCGAACUCCCUACGGAUAUAUUCAAACGGACACUGAGCUCAUUGUGUGCCGGUUUAGAACGAAAUUAGAGCCAAACCUAUACUCGGUAAAUGCCAUGCCGGUCCCAUGGUCUUCGCAUGGCCCGAAGGUGCUCACAACAGAUCUUGCCCUAUGGUGGCUUUGCACGAAGGCACUGUCGCCCCCAGAUGAUAUUCCGACGGAAGGGACGGCAGCUUCUGGAAGUAGGAUGACUCCGAUACCAGAAAACUCAUUUCAGCCCCAGGAAACGAACGAUCGGGUGUACUACGACGUUUCAACCAAUGCUGAUUGGCAGAACUAUUCGUUCGAUGAUUUAGGCCUGGCGGAACAUCCAGGCCCAUGAACGGAAUCCUCCCUACCUUAGGUACCUACUAGUACGGCUUACUACGGGCUGUCUACUGGUCAACCACACAGUAAACGUACAGGUGGCCAUCGGGGGUAUUACGCGAUGGGGUGAUGCAGCCAAAUUAACGCAGAUAACAUGGCCUAUUUUAGAGCGCAGUUUUGGGAGCUC